UGUAGGUUGAAUAAACAGUACAAAUGUCAUUGGCCAACAGAUCAAAAGAAACAACUUACUCUUCAACCAAAACCAACUAUAAAACUUCGUCACAAGUACUACAUGCUCUUUUUCUAAAUCCUACCAAAUGCUGCUUCAAUUUCUCACCUUCUUUGCAUAACAUCUAUCUCUCUACAUCAAAACUGUCUCUUCUUUCUUCUUUCAUUCUUCUUCUUGAAGCCAAAAGAUUUAUCAAGGAAAAAAUAAAGGCAUUAGAUGGAGAAGAAAAUUGCAAUUAAAGAUGAGGCUUUAGUACAACAUCCAUUUCUUCUUGUAUUAGUUGUUGUAUUGGGCUUCAUAUUAAUGGACCCAUUUGAAAUGGGUCCAUUGGGCGGCCAUGAAUUCAAGCCCGUUACUAAUCAAAUUGCACCUUACAAGGAAGUCAUGAAAUAUUGGCCUAGAGACAACCAAAGUCGAUUGGGCCAACAUGCCAAAUUGGAGUUUGUAGAUCAAGUUUUUGGGCCGGAGUCAUUGGAGUUUGAUAAUUUGGGUCGAGGCCCAUAUACUGGUUUGGCAGAUGGUCGGAUUGUAAGGUGGAUGGGGGAGAAAAUUGGAUGGGAAACAUUUGCAACUGUGACGUCAACUUGGUCAAUGAAAGUAUGUGGCCAAGGAGUUGACUCAACAACACCAAAACAAUGGAGGUUCGAGCAGUUGUGUGGGCGCCCAUUGGGCCUAAGGUUCGACAAAGAAUAUGGAAAUUUGUACAUUGCUGAUGCUUACUAUGGGCUUCUUGUUGUUGGGCCUGAGGGAGGUCUUGCUACUCCUUUGGCAACACAUGUAGGUGGUGAUCCAAUCCUAUUUGCAAAUGAUCUUGAUAUUCACAAAAAUGGCUCCAUUUUUUUCACUGACACUAGCAAGAGAUACAACAGAGUGAACCACUUUCUAAUAUUAUUGGAGGGAGAAGCCACUGGAAGGCUUCUUAGAUAUGAUCCAUCUACCAAAGAAACACAUGUGGUUUUGGAUGGUUUGGCUUUUCCUAAUGGAGUUCAAUUAUCUAAACACCAAACUUUCCUCCUCUUCACCGAGACUACUAAUUGCAGGCUCUUGAAGUUGUGGCUUGAGGGUCCAAAAACAGGCCAAGUAGAAGUGGUAGCAAAUUUGCCAGGAUUUCCAGACAACGUAAGACUCAACGAAAAGGGUGAAUUUUGGGUAGCCAUAGAUUGUUGUAGGACAGCACCCCAAGAGUUGUUGAUCCACAACCCAUGGCUAAGGCGAAUGUAUUUUCGGAUUCCGCUACCAUUGAAAACCUUGGCUAGGUUGAUGGGGAUGAAGAUGUACACUGUCAUAUCUCUCUUCAAUGAGGAUGGGAAAAUCCUUGAAGUGUUGGAAGAUAAAAAGGGUGUGGUAAUGCAGCUAGUUAGUGAAGUUAGAGAGGUUAAUGGUAAGCUUUGGAUAGGAACUGUGGCUCAUAACCACAUUGCUACAUUGCCUUAUCCUGCCUUAGAUUAAGGCCAAAUGUGGUUUUGAAUCGAUGAAGUUGGUUUUGUUUUAGAGAUGAUCGUUUUGUUGAUGUUUUGGAAUUGCAUGUAACAACUUGAAUUAUUAGAUUUUAGAGGGACUGAUUGAAUAAAUACAUAACUUAGAUAUUCUAUGUACUGUCUAAUAAUUCGUAGAUUGGUUAUGUGAGUUUAGACCUAACAAAAUUGACGUGUACCUAUACUUGAUUUACAAUU